AUGACAGUUGUAAGCAAACCUACUCCCAAUCUCAUACUUGGGGUUUCUGAAACAGAUAUAUUUCUUCGAAAUGUACGAGAAAAGUAUUCGUCUUUACCAAAGAAAAUUCAGUUUGCCUUUGAUAAGUUUGCUGCAAGAAAAGAUUUUGAAAAUCAGCAAAUUCUUGAAAUUCAAGACAUGUAUAAAAAUAAGCCAGGUGAAGAUAAUAAUCGAAGAAGAGGCAUUACUAGAAAAUACUAUGGAUUCUAUUGGUUAUUUGAACUUGAAAUCAGGAUCACAUUUUAA